AGAGUCGGCGUGCCGGGGCAGCCGGGGCAGCAGCAUGGUCCAGCAACGGAGCACGAGGACCCGGGGCGUGGAAGCCAAGCGGGAGGCGUGUUCCAAAGCCAGCCUGCUCUUGAAAGAUGCCGCGGGGGAGCCGGGCUGGUGCAAGACCCCCAGUGGGCACAUCAAGCGCCCCAUGAACGCCUUCAUGGUCUGGUCCCAGAACGAGAGGCGCAAGAUCAUGGACCAGUGGCCCGACAUGCACAAUGCCGAGAUCUCCAAGCGCCUCGGACGGCGCUGGCAGCUUCUGCAGGACUCGGAGAAGAUCCCUUUUGUCAAGGAGGCCGAGCGGCUGCGGCUGAAGCACAUGGCCGACUAUCCCGACUACAAGUACCGGCCCAGGAAGAAAGGGAAGCUGGGCGGCGCCAAGUCCCGCCCGAGAGUGCCCGUGAAGAUCAAGCCCUCCGUCCUCGGACGGGCGGCCUCCCCCAGGAGGCAGACGCCGAAGCCAGACGCCGGAGCCCAGGGGGGCCGCUCCUCCCCGAAGCCGGACGACGACCCCCUCGAUGCCCGCGUCCUGGAGGAGUCUUUUGACGAGAGUCCCGGCACGCCCAGCAAGGAGUUCUGGCACGCGCUUCCUGUGGCCGGGGAGAAAGGAGCGUGGGGGGCCAGCUCUGGCCAGGCCAAAGGCCCCGAAGCCGCUGCGCUGGGCAAACCCUGGUCCUCCGAAGUCUCUUCCCCAGCUUCCAUGAGGUCUCCUCCUUCUUCCUUUGCCUCCUCGGACGAAGAGCCGGAAGAAGACCUGUGGAAUGUCUUGCCCGGCCGAGUCCAGCCAAGCACGCCCUGCGGGAGCCCGGACUGGGCCCUCUUCGAUAAAGACCUCGACCUCUUUCCUUUGGGCGCCUCGUCUCACUUUGAAUUCCCCGAUUACUGUACCCCGGAAGUGACCGAGAUGAUAGCCGGGGACUGGCUGAUGUCCAGUAUUUCGGACUUGGUCUUUACAUACUGAGUCCUACCAGGUAACUCUCACUUCUCAACAAUCAGGUGGUUCCAGAAAAAAAGAGAGAGAAGAAGAAACCCAGCUGUUUACAUGCAGAAUCAGGUAUCUCCGUGUCUUGCCUUGGCUUCAUUCAAAGGCGAGUCCAUCCCCCCCCGGCACACACCCACUUGGCCAGCCUCUCCUGGCUCGCUCUGGGAGGCUUCCCGUCACCUCUCACCCCCCCAUCUCACAAGCCACCGAGAACUCCUGGCUUGGCACCGUGUUUAUUUGCCCAUGAAAUUUGACUGUCUAAUCAGGUUUUGCAUUGUAAUCCUCGCUAGCUGUCCGUUCCUGACACCCCCCACCCACCCCCCGCAGCUGCUUCCCGGCUCUGAUGCCGCCCAUGGCUGACACGCUCCCUCUCCCUCUCCGUUUGCACUCCAGCCUCACUCGGUCCUCGGGUGCCCACGCUCCCUCUCUCGGCACCCCGCUCUUCACCCCUUCCUGUCCUGCCCCCACCUGGAGGGGCUCCGUGGCUUCACUGGGCGUUGAUUCCGGGGCCAUUUCGAUGCCGAUGGCAGGAGACAUGGCAGGGACGAUCCCAUCCUCCUUUUUGUUCCCUCUUUCAAUGGCUGCCAGGGAAAAGAUUCCAUCAGAGGGCACCGCGUUCCUCAGCGCUGGGGAGGACAGGAUGGCUGGUCGCUCUCCGGCGCCUGGGAUCGGGCGGGCUUCGGCUUCCUCACUUGACGAGACUUUCGUGUUGCCAAUGCACGAAAUCCAUCCCUGUACUGGGGUGGGAAGCCUUCGCUUGGGGAGAAAGCAAAGUGGCGGGGGCGUGGUAAACACGUGGACCCACAAUGCAAGCACGCUUGUGUGUAGCAAUUUUGUCUCCCCGAAAAAGCCCCCCCCUUUUUUUGCCAGAGGUAUGCUGCAGGCAGAGCAGGGCACUGCCUCCUCCCUUGCAUGUUGCAUUAAGUCAGAUGGUCGAUCGCAAUAUCGUUGGCAUGCUCCCUGCCACUCCCUCCGAUGCCACGUCUCAGCUUCUGCGGCUCACCCACCUCCCUGGCCCUAGCCGGCUAGCCCUGGACUUCGCCUGCUGCAAAUAGAGUCUUCUCUGGGUCUCUGGAACGGGGGUCUCCUUGAAGGCCCAUCUGGGAAUGGCUGAAAGCUAUCUCCGUCCUUCUUGGUGGGCUGUGAC